CGAAUUAAGAUCCAGCGUCGAAGAUGUCCUCACAAGUCGUGCGGUACUGGCCACUGAUCUUGAUGCACCUCCUGCUGUCAUCCGGCAGCGGGGCGACGGCCGGGAAGGUCCCCGCGAUCAUCGUGUUCGGGGACUCCACGGUGGAUUCCGGGAACAACGAUUACAUCCCCACCGUCGCCAGGGGCAACUUCCCGCCGUACGGGCGCGACUUCGAAGGCGGCGUCGCCACCGGCCGGUUCACCAACGGCCGCCUCGUCACCGACUUCAUGUCGGAGGCGCUCGGCUUGGCGUCCUCCGUGCCGGCCUACCUCGACGGCAGCUACACCGUCGACCAGCUCGCUAGCGGCGUCAGCUUCGCUUCAGGAGGCACCGGGCUGGACGCUAUGACGGCAAAAAUCGCGAGGAAGAAGAAGCCCGGUUGGAUGCUCCACGACAUGGAGGUUCACAACCGGGACGUCAAUCUCUUCAGCGCGAUUUUGCGGAACGCUUUCAGAAUCUCCACAAGGACUAUUUUGCAGAGAACCCCACCUUCAAGGCAAGGAUGUUUCGCAAUAGGUAUAGAAUGCAUCGUCCUCUUUUUCUGCGCAUAGCAAGUGCUAUAGAGGCACAUGAUAGCUAUUUUUCCCUGAGAAGAAAGUGCUGGUGUUCCUGGUUUACAUCCUUAUCAAAAAUUGACCUCAGUAUUUCGAAUCCUAGCUUAUGGGAUAGCAGCUGAUCUUAUUGAUGAGUAUUGUCGGCUAGCAAAGUCCACCGCUUUAGAAAAUCUUAGAAGAUUUGUGCGUGCUGUGAUCGAGGUCUUUGGGGGUCAAUACCUGAGAUCUCCAAAUGCUGAAGAUACUGCUAGAUUACUUGCAAUUGGAGAGCAAAGGGGGUUUCCGGGUAUGCUCGGAAGCAUCGACUGCAUGCUGUGAUCGAUGUCUUUGGGGGUCAAUACCUAAGAUCUCCAAAUGCUGAAGAUACUGCUAGAUUACUUGCAAUUGGAGAGCAAAGGGGGUUUCCGGGUAUGCUCGGAAGCAUCGACUGCAUGCAUUGGAAGUGGAAAAAUUGCCCUACUGCACACAAAGGUUUUUUUGUUGGCCAUAAACGCGUACCCACGGUCAUUCUUGAAGCCGUUGCUUCACAAGACUUUUGGAUUUGGCAUUCUUUCUUUGGUUUACCAGGAUCUCAUAAUGAUAUAAAUGUCCUCCACCGUUCACCCGUGUUUGCAAACCUAGUUGAAGGGCAUGCUCCAGAAGUGAAUUAUACCAUCAAUGGUCACAACUACAACACGGGGUAUUACCUUGCAGAUGGCAUAUAUCCGCAGUGGGCAACUUUUGUGAAGACAAUUCCAAAUCCCAAAGGUGAGAAGAACAAAAAUUUCUCCCGGUUUCAAGAAGCAUGUCGGAAGGAUGUCGAACGAGCCUUUGGUGUUCUGCAAGCUCGUUUUGCUAUUGUACGUGGACCGGCAAGGUAUUGGGAUCUGGAGACACUCGGAGAAGUGAUGACAGCUUGUAUCAUCCUGCAUAACAUGAUAAUAGAAGAUGAGCGUGGAAGUCGUGUAGACUACCGCUACGAUAACAUGGGAGAACUAGUGACACCUUCUCACCGAGAGGCGGCUACAUUGACUCAGUUUCUUCAAGCUCAGAGUGAUAUUCGAGACAAACAAGUUCAUUGUCAGCGGCAAGUUGAUCUAGUUGAGCACCCGUGGCAGAUCCGUGGACUGAUGUAGCUUUCAAUAAUGUAGUCUAUGUCACCAUUUUAGAUUAUGCAAGUGUGUACUGUUUUUCAAUUAUAAUGGGAGUGUAAGCACUAUCUGUAUCAUUUUCUAAAUAAUGGAAGCAAUAGUUUACUA